AUGGCAGACAAGACACCCUUUCAGAUUCAACGGGAUCAAUUAGUCGGCGAGAUUGGACUCAGUCUCGAAAUGGUUCUUCAGAAUCUAAAUAAGCUUAAUCGCGGCCUCGAAAGCAUCAUCGAGGUCGGCAACGAAUUCUCCUCUGUCGAAGCGCUGUGGUCGUCAUUCGAAAACGUCAUGGCCAAAGACAAGGGCGCACAGAGUGAUGCAGAGUCUGGUGAAGCUCAGGCUGAAGCUGAAGCCGGGGCCGAAGCCGAAGCUGGGGCCGGUCACAAUCGAAGUCGAACGCAAAGUCAAGCUGGAACAUAUGGAGUUAAAGACGAGGACCGUACGCAAAGUCGAGAACAAGCACAAGGUUACGAUGAAUAA